CUUUGCAAUUGAAAUUGUGCUGUGGAGGCGGCGAGCAGCGCGCGCGUUCGCUAAUGCCAUGGUUACAUAACGACCGGCGCAGUUUGCGUGUUGCGGGGGGCAGCAGCAUAUUUCUUGCACUGGGUGAGGAGACAUACUGUGCAUGUGUGUGUGUAUAUUAUUAAAAGGGGAAUGAAACGAGACGAUUGAACUGUGCGUGCCUGAGUGAGUGGUGUGUGUAUGUGUUGUUUGAAGUGAAAGCACAGAGAAUCAAUUCGGCCUUUAUAAUGUAGUUGGAUCAAAUCAAAUGCCACAAAGAAACUAAACAAUGAACAAUUACACUCAGCGAUUGUUGCUGACGGUGUGGAGGAAGAAGACCACCCUUCUAGUCGCCGGUCUUCUCAUCACGAUAAUACUGUUCGGACUACAGUAUUCGAGCCGGCUUCAGCAGAACCGCAAUGGAAGUGCCGAGGAGGCAGACAGAAGAAAUGGAAUGGUGUUCGUCGAGAAAACUACCAAAGCGAACGAGGUCAGUUUGGAAAGGGUGCACAGGAGGAAGCAAAGCAGGGAGGAUCAGAAUGAGGAAGAGGAGCGAAAGGACGUGGAAGAGAAGCUCGGUAUACCGAACGUGAACCUGGACGGGCAAAAUCCGUACGUACCGAAACGGCGGAUCGUUCACUUCGAUUUGAAAGGCGCCCCGCCAAAAAUCGAUUACAUCAAGAGGAUCCUGCCGCUGAUAAAAAAUUUAGGUGCAACAGGAAUCCUUAUAGAAUACGAGGACAUGUUCCCAUAUGACGGGAGUUUGAAGCAUUUGGCAGCGAAGAACGCAUACUCCAAGAAGCAGAUUCUAGAGAUUCAGCGCGCAGCUGACGAGCUGAAAUUAACUGUUAUCCCUUUGAUACAAACGUUUGGACAUGUGGAGUUCGCGCUCAAGCACCGAGAAUUUAUUAAAAUUAGAGAAGUUCUUACCAGUCCGCAAGCACUAUGUCCCAGUAAGAAUUUGUCCUUGGAUUUCAUAUCAGAAAUGAUUAGUCAGGUAUUGGAACUACAUCCAAAAUCGAAAUAUUUGCAUAUCGGUUGUGAUGAGGUAUUCCAGAUGGGCGAAUGUGAACUGUGCCGAUUGGAACUGCACGACAAUCUCUUUCUUAGGCACGUCCAAAACGUGGCUAAUUUAGUAAUGGAGAAACGAGCUGGAAUUAAGGUAAUCAUAUGGGACGAUAUGCUUAGACAUCUGAGCAGUCAGACUAUGCUGGAUAUUCAGUUGGGAAGACUCGUAGAGCCUAUGGUUUGGGUGUACGCCGAAGACAUAUACAGAUUCGUGCAACCGCAAGUAUGGGAGAAAUAUGCUGCGGUAUUUAAGACUGCCUGGACAGCGUCCGCUUUCAAGGGAGCAUUUGGGGAGACUCUGUACGUGCCAGAUGCAAGACGUCACCUAGAGAAUAACCUGCGGUGGCUGGACGUGAUGGCGCAGCAAGAACGUAAUUUCAAAGACGGCUUCAGUGGUAUAGUCCUGACCGGUUGGCAACGUUACGAUCACUUCGCUGUACUCUGCGAACUCCUACCAGCCGCCAUCCCUUCUUUAGCUUUGAGUCUUCUAGCUGUCAGCCAUGGAUAUUUUAACUCCUCUCUAAAAUCUCAGUUCAUAGGAUCACUUAGCUGCCCUCAGCACACGAACAGACACUCGCCGUUCAUAAACCUUCUGGGUGAUCCAUUCCUUUGGGACAAGUUGGGAAGAUGCAUGUUUCCUGGUAGCCCAUUUUUCCGCCUCAUCUAUCGCCUGAACACCGUAGAGCUCGAAGCUCAAGACUAUCUAAGAACAACGACUCGCAACAAAGGCUGGCUCACCGAAUACAAUCUGCGUCGCAACUACAGUCUACCAUUGCGAAUCGAAGAAUUAACUUCCGAUCUGCCAAGGAUUUACCACGGCGUCGUCUCGAUUGCGAGAUCCGCGUUCGACGCGAUGAAUUCAAUAUUCGAUAAUUAUACAAUUUCGGAAUGGAUUGAACAAAGGAUUUAUCCUUAUGUUCUGCAACUGGAACGACUCCAGAACCAGUCGAAUGCCAUAAAAAACGUGAAUGUAUGGCCUGUCCGCCCCCUAUCACCACUGAAAGAUCUGCAAAGACUAGGUGUGCCUAUCAUAGUACCAUAAUCACAUAAUUUAAGGAUAAUUUAUGCGACUGAUAUUAUAUUUAUAAGUACAUUGAUGUUUAUCUUUUAAGACACAAAACUGUAAGAAUUCUAGUCACGAACCUUUAAUGUCUUUAAUAAUUUAUUUAAUUAAGGGAUCAAAGAUAUUAAUAAAACUAAGUACACUAUAAAGCAAUAUUUAUGUAAGACCACACUAUAAUUCCUUUGCAUUGUUCAAUUCAAUUAAAAAUCUCACAUAGACCACGCACAUUUUGAUAUUCAAACACGUGUAACAUAUUCCCUAGUUUAUUGUAUUUUA